AUGAAAAGUCUGAGCCAACUCUGUGAAGUUAGUUUGAUGAGAAACUACCAACAGUUACAGGAUGUCACUAAUGUGCCAUAUCGGCUCAUCAAAAACAUCCUACUAAAGGUGAAGUUUGACCAGCUCUGCAAACUUGAGAAGAGUAAUGUACUACUUGUAUUCGAAGAUGAUGAACUAUGGUUAAACCUAUUGAAACAGGACUUCCCAACUAGUACUCAUGAGUCGUAUGUGUCAAAGAAGAAUGGGAUAAAGCAAUAUUAUAAGGACUUUGUCUCAGAGAAUGAUAAUAUAGCUACUGAAGAGUAUCAAAAACUGUUUGAUAUACGUAUGCAAUCGAUGCUGAAAAAGGAUCCAGGAAAUGGCCAGUUCAAAGUACCUUACCGCAUGUUAUACUUCAAAUAUCAGGAAGAUGUGCUUCGAAAGCAGGAGAAAAGUGCAGAAAGACUGCGACUACAGAUGAAACAGCUGCAGCAGGAAAGACAAAAAAACCAGAUUGUGGUGGUGGAUCCUUCGUUUUAUGCGAAGAACCAACCGCGGCGAAACAUAAAAGAACAGCAUUCGGAGCUCUUUCGUAAGACCGUCAAGGAACAUGGAUCCAGGCUACAACAUUUCAAGAAUGGAGGUUUUGAUAUAGCAAAGAGACACAACACUCGAGUAGCAUUUGGCGGAUCUGCGGGCGGUGCAACGGUGCCGACCAACGUACCGACAAGUCCACGCUCAGAUGAGCCCAGCAUGACAUCCACAACAGACCCGGUACGAGAACCUGAAAUGAAUCCCAACAUACCGUCUCAAUUGUCUGCCCCUAAAAAGAGAAGAGCAGAGCCGCCUAGCAUUUUCCUGAACAGAAAGAAACCUAAUGUAACUCGCAGGGAAUUCUCACCUACGCCAAAACAGGCGCCAAUCCCUACCAAUACGAGCCCCAGAAGGACUCUACCGGGUCAUAAGAAAAGAUCUGCAAUUUUUGACACAUCCACACAGCACAUGCCCACAAUUGAGACUAAUAAUAUUAGUACUAAUACUACACAGGAAUCAAGAGAAGCCCGCCAUCCGGUCUACAUCUUUGACAAGAGAGAUCGUUCCAACAGGGACAAGACCUCGAAUAAAUAA